UUGUUUGUUUGUUGUGUAGAGUUGAGAUUGUUAGAAUAUUUAGAGGUUUUGGCCAUUUCACUGAACUAAAAAAGAAUUGUGUGAAGUGGUGGGGAAAGUGGAGUUCAGUCAUUAACGUGUCUUUUAGAGAUGGGAAAUGAAAUCAGUAGACAGGAAAUGGAAUUGUUUGAAGCUGUGAAGAGAGGUGAUAUUGAAUCAGUAACGCGUCUUUUGGAUAUGCAAGUUGACAUCAAUAGACAUUAUUUCUUUGGGAACACUCUUCUGAUACAAGCGUGUAGGAAUAAAGAGAAGGAGAUUGUUGAGUUGCUGCUCAGUAAAUCAGCAGAUGUUAAUGUGACUGGCUGGGAUGGAGAGACAGCUUUGAUUGUAUCUAUAAUUAUUGGAUCACAAGAUAUUGUUGAUCUAUUACUGACUGUCAAAGAUAUUAAUGUGAUGAAGAAGAGUGGUUUGGAUGGAUGGACAGCCAUCCAUUAUGCUGCAAUGCAUAAUCACGUGACCAUUGUAGAGAGACUUUUGUGUUGUUCUGUUCCUGUUGAUAUCAAUGAUAAUGCUGGUUGUACACCACUGUGGUUGGCUGCCCGUUAUGGUCAUGUGUGUUGUGUUGAUGUUCUUCUAAAACAUGGAGCGAGUCCCCAACAUGAGAGUGAGUUGGGAUCAUCACCACUGGAGAUUGCCAAGCAAUAUGGUCACAGUGAUGGGGUUGAGAUGAUGGAAGAAGCCAUAAGAUUGAGAUCUCGUGUCUAUGUGGAGAGAGACGUGUCUAUCAUGAGACAUCAAUAUGAAGAGAAAAUUGCUGAACUGCAGAGUGAAGUGGAGAAGAAGACAGAAGAAUUAAGACAAUCAUCCCUGGUCCAUGAGAGUGAAGUCAUGAAGUUGACAAAUAUGAUCCAACAGAAAGAGAAGGAAAUACGACGUCUCAGAAUGUCAGCAGCUGAUAGAGUUGGUGAACGUCAAGGGGCUCCUGAGGCUUGGUUGUUGAUGCAGCCACCAGGAGACGUCAUACGUGCUGUUGUUGCUCUGGCUGGUGAUCAGUGGAGUGACGUUGGAUUUGAGUUGGGAUACAGAAUGUCUGAACUCCCCACAGUGACAUUGUCAGCUUCUUUACCUUCGAGCAAACUAAAUGUGAUACUGAGGAGAAAGGCUGAUGCUGUCGGUACCAGCAAUGUUGUUGGUAUCAUCUUGUCUGCUUGCCGGCGUAUUCCCUUGCCAAUUUGUGCUGCUACAAUAAGAGAUGAGGUGGUUAGACAUCAAGAGAGACUGAAAACGCAGAACGGUGGACAAUAGAAUAAUUGACUUUGUCACUUUGUUGUCUGCAUGGCUGAUCAUAUGGUUUAGUGUUGAUCAAGUGAUGUGUUACCUUUUGGUAGGAGGCACAUCUUUUCUGUUUGUAAUGCUACAUGCUUUCUUGCUGCUUUCGUAUGUUAAUGGGAUUAUUGCAAUAGAAUAGAUUAUGUUAAUACAAUGGAUUUCAUUCAGAACAAUUUUUAUGAUCACUGCUACACACACACACACACACACACACACACACACACACACACACAC